GGAAGUGUAACGAAGCAGCACGGCGCAUGCUCUCAUGCCUCUCUGACAAGCGGAGGAUGAACUAUCCCCUGCUGUAAAACGCUCUGUGGUGAGGGGGUGAUGGCGGGUGCUGAGGUCACCGUGUCUGCAGGGGAUCUCAUGAUGGUGAAGGAGGAGGAAGGGGAAUCCAGUGGCAACAACCAUAAGACUCAAGUCAUCCUGCACCUACAGCCCAUCCUGCAUGGGAUAAAUGAUGACAUUGCUGACACCGGCACCACAGUCUUGGCCAUAGAGACACAUCAUGAAAACAGUAAAGCAGAUGGGGAGGAGAUCGAGUAUGGCUACCCCAUCACCUGUGGAGACAGCCGAGCGGUUCUUCUGUUUAAGAAGUUUGUGUGCCCUGGGAUCAACGUCAGAUGUGUCAAAUUCAAUGACCAGCUCAUCAGUCCCAAGCAGUUUGUCCACCUGGCAGGGAAAGCCACUCUGAAGGACUGGAAAAGGGCCAUCAGACUGGGAGGGGUAAUGCUCAGGAAAAUGAUGGACUCUGGCCAGAUAGAUUUCUACCAGCAUGACACGGUGUGCAGUAACACCUGCCGCAGCACUAAAUUUGAUGUGCUGAUCAACAGCACGCGGCUUCCUCCGGGGACUUCAGUGCAGCCGAGCCCGUCAUGUCUGGCUCUUGACCUUGUUGGAGGACAGGUGCCUCCCCUGACAGGAGAGGCUGUACAUGAUGCAGCAGAGGUAGAGGAGCCUUUGGAGGAGAAGUUCAGUGCAGCAGCAGAGUGGAGCCCUGGUCCAGCUCGGGAUGUAAAUCCCAUGACAGCCAACGGACAUGCUGUGAAGAGAAAGAGGGCUGACACACCUGAUGGAGUAUUGAGCCUGUGGAAGGGUGUGGCGGACUCAGGGCUGAUGGGCGAGGUCCUGUCCAGUCUCCAGACUGAAUUAUUAGCCACUCUUAAAGGAGUGGAGGUUCGCAGUGAGAAGGCCAACCUGCAGGAGACAGAUGCCGUCAUACUUAAUUCCCUGUGUAAGAUGUUUGGCCUUUUAGACUCAGUGAAGCAAGCUCUGGACCUGAAGCGCAGCCAGGACGAAGAGAACAAAAUCCAUAACAAUGUUUAUGCGCUCGAUGAGAUUUUGCAGGAGCGAAGGAAGCAGGGUUGCGAUAAAAGCACCUCCUACAAAAUUCAAUCCUUGAAACACCUACGACCUCAACGUCACAACCCGUCAAACCUGCUGUCCUCUGUCAAAACAAGCCCAGUGAUCCAGCCUCUCUCUGUUACUGGUUUAUCUGUUGCACCUUAUGCUCAGCUCACCAUCAGCCCUCAGCUCUUUACACAUUUCUCUGCCUCCACUGGCCAGCGCCACCAAGCCAGAGCUGGCAGGACUGACAGAGAUAGCCGUAAUGCCACGCUGGAGAGAGAGUGUGAGCUCGGUGAGACAGGGAACCAAGAGAAGCUUCGUAGGUUGGGGAAAGAGGAAGUGGAGGGAGAGGACACCUCAGGGAUCCACAAAGAGCCUGGACAGAGGACUGUUAAGUUUCAGGAAGACGCUCACCUUAGAAGUGAGGACAUAGAGGAGACAGAGGGCUUACAUGAUAUUGAAAAGGUGGUUAUAGGAAAAAAGGCAUCAAAGAAACAUAAAAGUAUGUGAGGGAGAGAGACGAUCUCUCUGGACUAAGUGAGGGAAUGUGCCUGAAACCUAAAGACUAAACAUUAUAUCGCCAAGCUGUUCUUUUUCCUCCUUGUAUGCUCUGACAUAUAUACUGCGCUUACUUCAGUCAGGGUUACUGUAGCGAGAUUAUGAGCACAGAUUUGCUCUUGCAUUGAUACCAUAAAUUACACACUUAGAAAGAGCAUUUUGGACAUGCUGACAGUCGAUGCAUUGAUCAGUAAAUUUACAGAAAAUUAAUUGGCAAGGGUUUUAGUAAUCGAGUUAUCAUUUAAAUCAUUAUCUAAGCAAUAAUCCAUAAAAUUCACUGAUUCCAGCUGCUCAAAUUUGAAACGUUUUCUUAGUCUUUGGGUUUUGGACUGUUGGUCGAACUGAAUUUGUGAUAUAAAGCUGUCACUUUGGGCUCUGGGAAAUUGCAAUGGGCAUUUUUGGUACUAUUUUAUGAAAUUUUAUAGACUAGAAAUGAUAAAUAAGCAAUAAUUUUUAUUAUUGUUAAUUAAAAUAAUGGUUAGUUGCAGCUAUAAAACACAGACGUCUCUCUUGUCUAUUGAAUCUAGUAAUAGAAGCAGUACUCUGUGAAAGUUUUUCUAAAUGUAUUAAAGAAAAAAAUCAGCUGCCUCUGAGAUGUAAAUAUAUUUGGUUCUAUUUAUGAUCUUUGUUGCUUACAUUUUCCCUUGUGUUAAAGUAGUUUGCGACUUUUUCAUGUCAUUAUGACAAAUUUUUCCUCAUACUUUUAUAAUUGAUUUCUAAUAACAUUUGUAAUGUAAAAUUUUGUGAUUUGCACUUAUGUGUUGAAUUUUAUAUCAUUUGGAUUUUGUGAAAUAUGUCUCACUCAGGCUUAUAUUUAGGCCCUUGUGAUAAUGCCUAAGAUCUAUGCACCAGACAUUCACUGUCUGAAGAACUGAAAUUCUUCUUGACAGUAAGACCUGUAAAGUAAAUAUUGUGACUGUUAAUGUGCCGUUGCUGUAUGCGGGAUUUUACUAACGUGCUGCAAGUAGAUAAUCGUAAAUUACUUUUCCCCUUCUCUUUAUGAUAAAAAAAUAUAAAGGAUAAAAAAUAUGUGAUGCACGAGAGUAUGAUGAAAAGGACACUAAUGUCUCGAACGACCUUGUAAGAUAAUGAGCACAUUUUAAAUAAAAACCUAUCUGUUUGA